UGUCAAUGUUUUGUAUGGUUGGAUGCAAGUAUAACUUUCAAAUACUCUAUGCUUCUGAGUAUUAAAUAAACAUUGAAUCAAAGUGUAUGUUAAAAAUAAAACAAACUCUAUAUAUAUGUAUGGAUUAGUUAUAUGAAGAGUUUGAUCCAACUCGAUCACUUUUUCUUCUCGGAUCCUUUCCCACCAAAAACACAAGCAAAACAACAAAGACUCUCUAUCUCUCUUCUCUUUCUUCUUUAUCGUUUAUUCUAUAUAUUAUCGACAUUGUAAUCUAAUUUGCACUGUCUUCAACAUUCUCUUUUUCCAUGGCUCCUCUCCCUUUCAUACCGGAACAAACCCAUUCGCAAACGCGUUUAUCUUCAGACACAAAGAAGAAGAACAGAAACAAGAAAACGUCCCAACCGCCGCCUCAAACGCAAACGCUAAAGCAGAAGGAAAAGAAGAAGACGGUACCAACAUCAUCUUCAUCGUCGUCAUGGAGCCAGAUAAAGAACCUUUUGAGUUGCAAACAAAUCGAAGGGCCACGAGUGCACGAACCAUCAAAGAUUACUUCAUCAUCUUGUGGCACUUCUCUUUGUAGGUUUAGCGAUGUUGUUUACGGUAAUGCUCGCGUUAUUCACCGCUCGGAUCACUCGCCCGAGAGUAGCAAUCUUGGUCAAGAUGCCCGGUUGUUGACCCGAAAACCCGUCACUCGUGGAUCUUCUUCUUCGGUUAGAUCCAACGGUUGUGGCGCUUACACGUCGUAUUCAACAUCUAAAGCUAUGCACUUCAGAAACCUCUCAGGUUGCUAUGAGUGCCACAUGAUUGUUGAUCCAAGCAGGUAUCCAAUAGCACCAAGAAUAUGUGCAUGUCCACAGUGUGGUGAGGUCUUCCCUAAGCUUGAAACAUUGGAACUUCAUCAAGCAGUUCGUCACGCUGUGUCGGAGUUGGGGCCAGAGGAUUCAGGGAGAAACAUAGUAGAGAUCAUCUUCAAAUCUAGCUGGUUACGUAAAGACAGUCCCAUCUACAAGAUCGAACGGAUAUUAAAAGUCCACAACACUCAACGCACGAUCCAACGGUUCGAAGAUUGUCGCGACGCAGUCAAGUCCCAUGCACAUGGUUCGACCAGAAAAGAGCCACGAUCUGCCGCCGAUGGCAACGAGCUUCUUUGCUUCCACUGCACCACCGUUUCUUGCUCCCUCGGCUCAUGCGGUUCGACCUCCAUUUGCUCGGCCAUCCCUGGCUGCCGCGUCUGCACCAUUAUCCGCCACGGCUUCCACGCCAAAACGGUACGUGUAGGCAACGGCGAAGGAAAAGAGGAGAUCAAGGGCGUGAGGACCACUGCAAGCAGUGGAAGAGCACACGACGCGUUGAGGUGUUUUGACCAGCGGAGGGCGAUGCUUGUUUGCCGCGUGAUCGCGGGAAGAGUGAGGCGCGUGCAGAGUGAUGUUCCGGAAGAUGAAAGUGGUUCUGGCUCGUAUGAUUCGGUUGCAGGGGCCGCUGGGGUCUACACAAGCCUCGACGACUUGGUUGUGUAUAAUCCAAAAGCUAUACUUCCUUGCUUUGUGGUUAUCUACAAAGUCUCCGAGCCUUAAAAAGUAUUGCACUUUGCACGAUUUGGAUUUGUAAGUUUGUUAAUUAGUGGAAUUUGUGAAGUAGUGGAUUCUAAUAUUUAGGAAAAAAAAUUAGCAUAUUAAUUGUGUAGAAGUGUGGUGGUGUGGCCUAGUCAAGAGUGAAAGAGAUUAGUGUCUCCUCUUUUUUAUUUUUUUCCUAUGAUUUCGAUUCGACUUGUAUCUCAGUUGUUUCUUCAAAUUUUAACAUUUUCUCAUGUUGAUUAAAAAAAAUGAAUAGUAUGAUUUAUUGAUUAAA